AUGGAGAGCCGACCACGGACCUACGACUUCAUCGAACCCUUCCCCUCCGAGCGCGACGGCCCCCUCGAAACAUUCCUGCGCGAGCAGAUCGUGGCGAAUGCCAAAAUCAUCUACAGCAGCAACGACGGCAGCGGCGCCCCCGGCAGAGACUUCUUCGUCGUCAUCGCUUCUUCCUCCGCAGACACAAACAUGAGAACACAAGCAGGCAACCCGCGGCAGCUGCCGGUGCAGGUGGGGGGGUACAGGGCAUUGCUCGUGGAGAGGUGGUGGGAAUGGCAGGAGGGCACUGGCUCUUCUGCAGUGGCGAAGACGCUGCGGCGCCGCGUGCUGAAGGCGAGCUCGGGCGGGUGCAGCGCGCCGGCGCAGGCGCUGAUCGAGCUGGCCGAGGCGGUUUUCAGGGAGACGGGGGGCUGGUUGGGUGAUGGCGAGCAAGAGGAUUUGAGGCACGAGAUCGACGCGUUGGACGCGCAGAAUGGGGCCGGUGGGCUGGCGCAGUUGGAACUGAGGAGGGUGCAACUGGAAAUGAGGAGCGCGCAACGGGAAUUGAGGAGGGCACAGCUGGAACUGAGGAGGGCGAUGCAGGAAGUGGCGCAGGCAUGGGCGCCCGGCGAGAACGUUGCUGAGUCUCGCGACAACUGA